AUGACAAUUGGCAAUCACGAAAGAGAAGCUAUCGAAGACAGUUAUGAAAGUUUAAUUAAAAAUUUAUCCAUUACCUCUUUAUUAGAUAAGCUGCUCAAUGAGAAAGUCUUGCAAGGUAUAGAUCAGCGACAGAUUAGGCGUGAAAGAAAUCUGAAACGUAGAAAUAUCAGAUUUUUACAAAUUUUACAACAGAAAAGCAAUGAAGAGUUUUAUAGAUUUUGCAAAGUUUUAGAAUUAAGCGAUACAGAAAUUUUAGUCUCAUUGGGUCAAACAUUACGCAAAGAAGCUGAAAAUAAGUGCCAAGAUAUUGAAAUUAAUGAAGAGAAUCAAGUUACUGAAAUCAAUGAAAAGAAUCAAGUUAUUGCGGCUAGUCCUCCAAAUAAUGGAAUCAUUUUAGAAGAUACAGAAUCAGACUUUGCCCAUGUUAUGGUUGAUGUAUUUGCUUGGGGUAACAAUCAUUCUGGAGAAUUAGGUAUACCAUUGUCAAAGAAUAUAGAAUAUCCAGCUCCAGCUCGCUGCAAGGCUAUCAGCAAGCUUAGGCCAAUUAUGAUUAAAGGUGGCCAUGAUAAGACUUAUAUCUUAUCACAAGAAGGCAAGGUUUAUGGAAUUGGGCAAGUGGAACUUAAAGAAGACGAACAUGAUAGUAAAAACUUACACGUGCCACGCUUAAUUAAUGGGUUAUCACAUUUAACAAUAAUUAAGCUUGAUAUUCACCCUGAUGGUCAUUUUGCAUUAGGAAUCACAAUAAAAGGAGAGUUAUACUCAUGGGGAGAAACACCGGCACAGCAGAUUACAUCAGUAAAAGACGCAAUUUUUACUAAUAUUAGUUGUGGUAGAGAUCAUCGAGCAGCUAUAACCAAUCAGGGCAAAUUGUAUACAUGGGGUUAUGGCGGAUUGGGUUGCUUAGGUCAUGGCAAUAGUAAAACUUGCUUGGAACCAACUUUAGUUGAAGCACUAGCGGAUAAAGUGGUUAUUGACGUCGCUUGUGGUUCUGCAAAUCAAAAUCACACUGUUGCCGUUACAAGUGAUGAUAAAGUUUGGUCAUGGGGUGAUCCCGCUGGUGGUAAAUUAGGGAGAAUUAUUAAUAGUACCAAGCCUUGCACGUUGCCAGGGGUCAUAGAUGGACUGCUAAAUAAAAGUGUCCAUAGAGUUAUCUGCGGUAGUGCGUUCACAUUGGCUUUGACUACGAGUGGUUCUUUGUAUUCAUGGGGCCAUGGUAGUCAUUAUCACUCGCAACACGGCAUCGUAGGCUCUGUUGAAAGACCUAAAAUAGUGGAUGUACUUAAAGAUAAAAGAGUAAUUGCGAUUGCAGCUGGUAGUUUACACUGGUUAGCAUGUACUAUUUAUGGUGAAAUUUAUGCCUGGGGAAAUAAUGACGCCGGACAACUAGGAGUUAAAACCCUCAAGUCUUCAACAGACGUAAUUCAAGUCGAUACUUUAAUGGAUGAGGAUAUUAAUCAAGUAUCCUGUGGCUUCAGUCACUGUUUUGCUUGGAAAUCAUCACUAUUGCAAAUUAAAGAAUGA